UUUCAUACUUCCUGUGGGUUUUGAUUAGUUUGCUCCUGUAGUAUAGAGUGAGAACUAGUGACGUUUGAACUGGAAGUCCUUUCUCCAUGGCCUGACCCUGAUGUUGUCAUUGCAAAACCACUUCCAUGCAGCUAGAGGACUGUUGGGCAGUGGGAGCACAUUUGGAAACAGUGUGGAAGCUGUUUGUAGUAUGAUGAUCUGACUUCCGCUUGCCUAGGUCACUGCUGCAGUGAAGGACCCCAUCUCACGGACAUGCUUUGCAAGUUUAUUUGAGCUGACAGGCUGAAAUUAGAAAAACAGAAGUGUGUGUAUGUGUGGCUACAGAGGUGAGGAAAAUGUAAUUCUCAAUAUGCAGACAUGCCUUGUCAAAACUGCAUCUGGUAGGAUCACAUCUUCUGAGUGAUUUUCAAAGCAGGGAUGGGGGAGCCUGUGGUCCUCCAGAUGUUACCGGACUGCUGUUCUCAUCAUUGUUGACCACUGGCUGUCUUGCCUGGGGCUGAUGGGAGAUAGAGUCUAACAGCAGAAGCAGUAGUCGGCGGGCCAGAGCUCCCCCAGACCUGUUCUGAAACUCAAGGAACUAUAUUGGCCAUUGAACACUUAUCCCUACACUCAGUUUUAUAUUCCUCAGAGCUGUUUCCUCAGAGCCAUAUUUUUGUUUCGAAGGGAGGAAGUGCUUGGGUGGGGCGGUGAGUCAGCUGGUUAAAGGAUAUGCAUGUUUCCUGAACCAAAACGUUAAAUAAAACUUUAGACAAAAGCGUGGCUAAGCUUAGACUUCCCUGGACUGUUCUGGCUCCAUAUAGCUAGCUGGAAAACCAUCAAACUCCCAAUGGUCAUCUUUUCUGCCUUGUCCUGGUGAAGAUGAUACCUGUCUUGCCUCUGAACUUUGCUGUGCUUCUCAUCUUCUGGUUGCAUGUGGUGCACUUCCUUGACACUUGCAAUGUGACUAUCCACCCUGAGGCACCUGCUGUGGAAUUUGGAGGUUCUGUGAAUCUGAACUGCACAACUACAUGUGCUAACUACACCCGGUUGGAGUGGGAGGUGUCUGUUGAAGGAGGAAUCCAGAAGGGCGAUGGGUGGAUUUCCCUAAACAUCACCAAUGUGUCUGAAUGGGAACUUCAACCUAUAUGCAUAGUCCAAAGAGCAGGCUUUGAUUCCUUAGACACCAAUGUGGUCAUCUAUGUUUACCAGUUCUCAACCCCAGUUCUCAACCUUACUUCCAAGAUUGUGGCUAAUCACUGGGAGAAAAUUGUAUGCAGCAUCCCGAGUUUGAAAGUGAGAGGUUCCAGCUCCCCAUCUAAUGUCAGCAUCUUCCUGAGAAAGGGCAGUAAUGUCCUGAAGUGGGAGCGCAGCAUCUCUGUGGAGUACAGCUUUUUGGCUAAGCCUCAGGAGGAUGGGGAUGAAAUUCUCUGCGAAGCUAACCUCCAGGUGGGCUCAGAAGUACUGCAAAAAAGUGCAAACAGAACCUUGAAGAUUGUGGCCAGUCCAUACAAUGUGAACAUCUCAACAAAUUUCACGGUGUACAAAACUGGUGCAGCCCUUGUGGUGAAGUGCCAUGCAGAGGGAAAGCCCUUUCCAGAGUUUUCAUGGGAUCUCCCCUCCCAGACUGGCGUGGAGUACUCAGAUAACAAUAAGACCAUCACAAUCCCUUCAGCGCAAAAAUACCACAAUGGGACUUACCGAUGUCUAGUACAUAAUGUCUAUGGCGAUGGCUUGACAGAGGUUGACAUUCUGUAUGAAGAGGCGCCUCGCAGCUGGGUUGCAGUCUGGGUGAUCGUGCCGGUGUUGGUCAUCUUGGUCAUCUUGGGCACCAUUUGCUACCGCCUAAAAAGAAGAUGAUCAUUGGGGAAGAAAGCUCAAAGUCUCAAAGAGACUGUUCUUGGCACAAUGGAGACGGCUAAAAGAUCCAUUUCUUAGCAAGCCCCCACAGAAGCAACCAAGAGAGGGUAUAAUUUACUGUGAUUCAGGAUAUGACAGCACUCGGCAGAACUGGAUGAUAGCCUGAAAGCACAUGAAUUCCAUUAAUCUGCUACUAGCUGUAGACAAAAUCAGGGACUGCUGCUGUGAAGAGCAAUGGUGGAGCUAGCCGCUCGGGCAGCCAGAGCAGCGCACAUGCUGUGCACCAGGGGGCGGAGCAUCCCGCCCAGGGGGUGCGAUCCGCGCAGUGGAUCACCACUGGGGGGAUUUUGUCACCCCUCCCCCAGGGAUGACACCCAGGGAGAGCCGCCCUCACUGCCCCCCCUUCCCACACCCCUGGUGAACAGCCAAGUAGCUUUAGAGCAGCUGGAGUGGAUCUUAGAGCUCUGGCGGAGAAAACAUAUAGAAUAUGGUAUCAGACAUGGAAUUCAGCUAGAAAAGAAUCUUUGUAUUAAUCAAAGGUGAGGGGAUCAAGUUUUCAGCCCUUAAGGAUGUGGAAAAUGUCCAUUGAAAUCUCAGAAGCUUAGUCUGGUUUGAUUAAAAUUCCCAGCCGCUGUGGGGAGACCUUCCCUAUGAUUUGCAGCACCAGAAUAAAUUAUGCAAAAUAAGAUAAAUUUUGCUCCCCUCCCCAUUUAUGCAUUUAUACAGGUUGCUGAAUGUAACUUUCCUUGGUGCAGAUUUUGGGGUUCAGCAGCCCUUCUCUGCCCACCUUUCUCCCAAUAAAAUCAUUUAUUUGGUUAAA